AUGAAACAGUUUUGGUUUAUAAAAUUCCUUAUUUCAUAUUUUUUAUGUGUUUCUAAUUUUAUUUAUUACAGUGAAUCUAUUCAGUUGGAUUCUACCUCCUCCCAUGAUAGUAACACACGGACUUUAGAAAAAAACGACAUACCUAAUGAAAUCGCAAAAAUAUUCACUUUCAAAGACAGAAACUCAAGCAAUGUGUGCUUGUUGAGAAACUCAUACCUGGACAUGGAUGAUGUUCCAAAGGAAUGCACUUGUUCAUUUUCUAGACUACAAAAAAUCGAAUUGGAAUGCGCAAACGAACAGAUUUUAAAUUCUAAGAACUGCGAUAAAAAUGUGUGUGAAACCUGCUGUAUCCUGAGCCUAUCUUCAAAGUUCAACAAGGAGUUUUCUAAAUCUGAGGCGCCAGUCAACUGCAAAAUGAGAUGUUUUAAUUCUACAACCGUUACAGAUAUAACUCAGGACUCUCUAGAGACAUUAAACGAAUACCUCGUAAAAAUCGAUUCUCUAUACAAUGUUCAACCUCCUAAAAUUCAUAUAGAAGGGAGUAAGUGCUAA